AUGUCCUUUAUCCGCGAAUCCAAGGACAACAGCAACAACAAGCCUCUGCCUGUCCUGCCGCCGCGGCCUGCCCACCACGUCGAAAUCACCGACGCCGAUCGGCCCAUGACUUAUGGCACUUUCCGGCGUCCCAGCAUGGACGGCCUCACGCUCAUGGCUAACCUGUCCGAUGAACUCGUCCCUACCUUUGAGAAUAAGCGGCGCCUUAUUAUUGUGGGCGACAUCCACGGCAUGGACGCCUCCCUCGAGACGCUGCUCAAAAAAGUCGACUUCAACACCAACAAGGACCACCUCAUUGCCGCCGGCGACAUGAUCAACAAGGGCCCCGACUCAGCUGGCGUCAUCUCCCGCCUCAUGAGCCUCAACGCCAGUGCCGUCCGCGGCAACCACGAAGACCGCAUCCUGCUCUCCCUCGCAGAGGCCGAGAACCUCAGCGGCGUCAGCAAGGACCUCGCAUCACCGCAUGAAGAAGACCGCCGCGGCCAGACCGAGUUCCUCGCCACGGGCCGCAAGCUGAAGAAGGAACACGUCGAGUGGCUCUCCAAGCUGCCCGUCAUCCUCGCCGUCGAGCCGCUCAACAUGUUCAUCGUCCACGCGGGCCUCGUCCCGGGCGUCAAGCCCGAGCUGCAGGACCCGUGGGCCGUCAUGAACAUGCGCACCUUGAUCUACCCUCGCGAAAAGUUGCGCGGUAAAGGCGGCAGAAAGUCAAGUCGCAGCGACGACGACGACGACGACGACAACGAGGAAGAAGCAGCAGCAGCAGAAGCACCGCCCCCCGAAGAAGAGGAAGAAGGCGAAACUCUCGAAUCCAUCCAGCAAAAAGACGCCUACACAGACCGCGACACAAUCAUCCCCAUCGAAGGCCGCGACGGCGAAAAGUGGUCCAACGCAUGGAACCACUUCCAGAAGCGCCUCAAGAAAUCCCAUCGCCACACCGUCGUCUACGGCCACGACGCCAAGAGGGGCUUCCGCGAGGACAAGUACUCGAUCGGGCUCGACUCUGGCUGCGUUCGGGGAGGUGCCCUGACGGCGAUGGUGGUGGAGGGCAAAGAAGGGUCCAAGAAGGGGUUUACGCAUACGAUUGUUCAGGUGCAUUGCAAGGAGCCUUGA